AUGAAUAGACAAAUUGAUAGCAUUAGAUUUAGAAUUCAACGUGAACUUACUAUUAUGGAUGACGAAAUCGAGCGAUUUAGGAAUUUAAGCAAUUCUUAUACAUCAAAAAUAAACGAAUUAAAAGAUAAAAUCAAUAUAAUCGAUCAACAAUGCGGAUUAAUCGAUCAAGAACUCAAAGGAAAGAAAUUACGUAUUGAAUCUGCUUUUGGAACAUUAUCUUCUCGUCAAAAUUCUAUAAAAACACUCGAAAUUGCCGAAUUACAAAAAAUUCAUGAUCAAAACAUUAGAUUUAUGCAGGAUGCAUUUCAGCAACGAAUGACAGAAAUAAAUCAAAAGUAUUACAUGCAAACAAAUGCUAAAAUUGCAUCAAUUCAAAAACGUAUCAAUAAAUUAACGGAAUUUAAUAAAAGCUUAACAAAAAGACUUACUAGUUUAUCAAAAGAAGAGCUUCGCGUAAAUACUGUUAAUGAAGGAGACGUAAUUUUUGAAGCAAGAAAACAAGAGCUACAAAAGACUCUUAUUCAGCUUGGAAAUGAAAGGCACGAGAAUCUACGUCAAAACAAGAUGAAAUUAUCCAAAUGUAUUGAUGAAUUAGAGCACAAUGAAAAUCAAUUUAGAUUUUUACAGAAAGAAAAGCUUACAACAAUCACUAGUAUGGACUACAGAUAUCAGCUUGAACUUAAGAAUGUUGAACAUCAUCAUCGAUCUAAAAUGGAAAUUCUACAAAAGAAAUUAAGAAAUAUUGAAAGUUUUCUUAGAAGUAAAGAAAGCGUUAUUGAAAGUGUUAAAAUUCAAGGAAGUUUUUAUGUUACUCAGGCUAUGAAUGACUUCAAUAAUCUUAAAAAUAAUCCUAAAGUAAUAGAUAACGAUGAUGAGCCAUCAUUUGAAGACCAGACAGUUAAUUUAUUAUCCCAAUUAGAAAAGAAGAGGAAAAUACUCUCUGAAAGAGAAGUUGUUCUUCAAAAUUCACGUCAAAAUAACAUGAAUCUAAAACGACAGCUUGCGGAGCUUAAACAUCAAGCAAAAUUCGGAGUUCAUUGA